AUGCAGAACCCAUGCUGGCUCAUGAAGUGUGCCGACACUGUUUGCUUCGGUCCAAGAUAUGCGGCGGGAGGUCGAUUUCAGCGGGGUGAAUUUUACAUAAGGAUGGAGGAAGAGGAGGACGAGGCGGCCACGCGAGUGGCAGCUCUCGAGGCAGAGCUUCAGGAGCUCUGCGCCGCAGCACGGGCGCCGGCACAGAGGAACUGGCUACGCUUUGCGCGGGAGGCCCUCCGCAAGCUUGGCCCUCCUCGUCGCUUUGCGGCGCUCAGAUGCGCGCUUCAAGACAGGCAGGCGAGCCUGAGGCAGCAGCGGCAAAUACUAGAGAAAAGGCUGGAGGAGAACGGACUGCCACCACUCGGCGAGGGUGAGGAGUUCCUGCAAGAACUCCAGGCAGAGUUACAAGACCUCCAGCUGGGCGGAAGACAGUGGCGCCAUCGACUUCAAGAGACCGCUACGAAGUUAGGCGAUCGAGGACGGCGCCUUUCAUUUGCGCAGCAGCUCUGUCCCGCGGAGCGCGAGCUCCUCCGGCUACAGGCAGAGCUGCAGCAUGCGCAGGGCACCGCCCAGGAGACUCAGGAGGCGGAGCUGCAGCAGCUCCGCGAGGAGGUCGCAGCUUUGGAGAAGGCGGAAGAGGAAGCUAAGGCGGCAGCAUCGCUGGGGUCUGAGGGCAACCGUCUUGGCCCAGCCUUUGACAAGCAUCAGAGACGAAGGCUGCCCGCCUCGGCACCCGGAAACUCUGCCUCCGCUGCCGCUGCCGCCUCGGCGCCCUCCGUGCCCUCGGACUCGACGCCCUCCACGGCGCGCUCCGCCGUUGCCGCCGUGGCCUCUCUGCGCGGGGCCCCACCGCCGCCGCCCCCCAAGGCAAGGCACACUGGUUGA